GCCCACUUCAGGUUUUUUGAACUCGAUAGCCCUGCCUGUCAUCGUACCUGCUGCUAUUGCUGUCUUUCAUUGCGACCACUUUUGACUUUACUUCAUCCUGUCGCAGACACGCGGGAGAGAGAUAACACAGCCAGAACCGACGUGAAGAAACCGACUCGAGACAGUCUCGGUGCAUUCGAGAAGAAGUUACUUAUACCUACCAUCGAUGCCGACUUGCAUCAUCGAAAACUGGAGAUAACCAAGGCGCUUUCACGCUCAGACACAGACCGACCCGUGAAUAGCAACCGGGGAGAGAUGCCACUUCCGUCGUCUACCACUCCAGCAUUUCUGAGGUCGACUUGAGCGCCAUAUCAGAUCUGCGCUUCACCUAAAGUAAACAACACUAUCUCGGAUGUCAAGAUGGCCGCAACAGCAGCGACCUCAGCGUGGCUCGCGCGGACUCAAAAAAGGCAAAAUGGAGAAAUGGGCAUGUUCAUCAGACGUCCUUCAGAAGCUAAAAGUACCGGAAGCUCAAACAGCACUGUGACCAACAGCACACAUUACACAGACACCACAGAUGCGACAUGUUCGCCGCCCCACAGUUCUGUCAGCAGCACCAACAGCAGUAUACCGGAGAGCUUUGAGAAACUACAAGCCCUGCAAACCCAAGUACAGAAGAACAAUGCCCAAAUUGCGGCUAAUGAGGAACGCAUGCGUGAGAUUAUGCGUCGGGAUGACGAGCGAGGAGAGAUUCUGUCUCGGCGACUGGCGGAAGUGUCACGACUGAAUCGGCAACUUGAUCUUUUGAGUGCUCUGUUUGCGAGAGCUGAUCAAGCUGUGCACGGUGACUAUCAUGCUGGACUUUCGAAUUGAGAGAUUGCAUUUUGUCUUUAGCGAGGCGUUCAGGUGUUCAGGACGAGUAUCGCGGCGCAAAUAGCAAUGCCGCGGGCUCCGGAGUUGCAAGUCCACGACGGACUAAGAGUGUUGGCAACUCGCUCGUUAAUCAUUAUUGUUCAUGAUACCCAAUGCAAUGCAGUACUUCCCAUGCAUACCAACUCUAUUCCAGCACCUUCUUCGCUGCCAUCGACCCGAAACGAGCCAGCGUCGCAGCGCGAACAACCUCUUUUCAACCCCCAAUCCCAUUGCAAGACCUGCUCUCAGUGCGACAAUCCCUCACCAUACAUUCCUUUACCUCCUCGGACUCCUUCCCCGUACAACCCACCCAAACCUCAACCCCCCAACAAAAUUCCUACUCCUCGCC